CAUUUGAGAGUGGCACACCCAAGUCGCCGUGAAGUUGAUGUUGUUGUCAUUUACUGCUCCAGCAGCUCUUCUGUCCUGGUUCUUUCCCCCCGGCUCUGGGAGCGUGGCGCUGGGGAGGAGAGUGUCCCACACCGGUGGCCCGCCUGGGUGGAUACUUUAGUCUCACCGGGCAACUUUUGUUUUCUGGCAUUUUUACAGCAAGGCGAGCUAACACGGCUAGCUGAGCAGCGAUGGAGUGGCGGAGCAACAACGCCGACGGUGAGCCUCCUUGGCCGGCGACGGGCGGUGGAAGUGUGGGCCCCACCCCGCAGACAUCCCCGUGUGCCUGCGCCACGCCGUCCGUCUGCCAGAGCCCGCAGUGCUGCGUGAAGACCCCCAUCGUGUCCAGCUGGACGCUGGCCGAAGUCCAGGACCGCCUGUGCUCUUUGAGCGUCCACUGCUCCGAGUCCCUGGAGCAGGAACGCGCCCGUACCCGGGCCUGCCCCGCGGAGCUGAUCAACACCGAGGAGGAGUGGCGGCGCAAAGAGAGCAUGUUGGGAGGAGGUCGGCAGCCUGGCCGCGGACUGGUGCUGGAAGCCGUCGGGAGUUGGGACGUUUUCGAUAAGAGUAUCAUCAACGUCCAAAAUCAGCCUGCAGAGGCGGACGGCUGCGGGACGUCGCUACAAAAGGAUGAGGAAGAGCUCCGGCACUUCGGCAUGUUGCGGCGAUGGGACGACAGUCAGCGAUUCCUAGCGGAGAAGCCUCAGCUCAUCUGCGAAGAGACGGCCAACUAUCUAUUUUCAUGGUGCAUCCGGCUCCAGCAGGAAGGGAAGGAGGCGCUGAUGCAGCAGGUGGCGCACCAAGCCGUCGCCAUGCAGUUCAUCCUGGAGAUGGCGUCCAACUCCGGGCAGGACCCCCGAGGCUGCUUCAGGCAGUUCUUCCAAAAAGCCAAAGAAGGACAAGACGUCUACUUGGAAGUCUUCCACGCCGAGCUGGAGGCCUUGAAGCGCCGAGUGCGGCAGCACGUGGACAGGUGUGACAGGGACACCUGCAACGAGCCCAGCAACGGCACCAACUGCAGACACGCCCCCAAAGAAGCCCAGCAGGUGGCGCACUACCCCAGCAGGCGUCGCGGGCCGUUGAUCGGCUCUGGGCGGUGGAGCAAGGACGACGCGGCAGAGAGUGAAGACACACGCAUGAUGGAGAUUUCCUAGGAGACCUUCCUUGGCCUCAUCACCUUGUAGGAACACACCUUGUAAUAAAAGGAAGCACUUUA